AUGGCUGUGGCACCGUCCGACUUCAAUGAACUUGAAUUAAUUGGCUCUGAGCAGAAACCUAAAUAUGAUCCCGAACCAGAACUGUGUGCUAAUCCGAUAACAGAAGCCUCAUACGAUAUGGGAAUGUUUGCAUCUGAGUGGGGAAUAAAUGUUGCGAAUGAGGUAGAGUCAACAGUUGACAAUGUUCAAAGCUGUGAUAGUCUGGGUGGUGAGCCCGCUUGUCUGGAUGUUUUUUCACACGAUAAUACAGCCAGAAAAUAUGAUGAAGUUCAUGAAAAUGAAAUGGUUACAAAAAACGUGGAGACAAACGAAAGCAAAGAUGAUGAUGAUGAUGAUAAUAGGGCCUCAAAAACUAUAAUUAAUAUAGGUGGCUGCAUCUAUUCUGAUGUUGAAUUUACUGAUGACUCCGACUCUGAAAAUUCAUCAGGUUCAGGAAACACAGAUGAGUCCAAUGACGAGUCACAAUCAUCGGACAACAGUUUGGGAAUUUUUAAUGAGGACGAUUUGCUUGAUGAGCUUGAGAGCAUGGAGACUGCCGCUUAUGGCUCAACAAGUACGCGCUUAGGUCAUUCGAAAGCAGCGCAGACCAUAGCUCCAUCUAUAGAGCAGCGCAAGCAGAGUCGGACAGAUGCUCCCAGAAAGAUCAAUUUAACUAACAUCAGUCAGCUAUCCAAACCAAUGCAUAUACAGAGACCUGAGUCGCCCAUAAACUCUAAUGUCAGUCAGCCAACAGAAGAAACUCCUCAGACGGUAUCCUCUUCUGAUAAGAAGCGAGACUUUGAAAAGACCACAAUAACGUACUUAACAAACUUAUCCAAAAUGGCUGAGAAUAAAGCGCAGGGCGGCAUUGGAGCCGCCAGUAUUAUCUCUUCGCCACCUUCUACGAAAGAUUCGGAUACUGAAGAGUUGAGGUGGCGACGAAAAGCAAAGCAGCAGAAAUCUGGCUCAAAGGUCGCUAAGGACUUUUACGAACAAGAUAACAAUAUUGAAGACAACAUGUUUGAGCCCGACUAUGAAGAGGACGCUUUUAGUUCGGAUCUUCUUCACUCAAACGUGCUGAACGAUUACGAGAAACUGUUUCAUAAAAUUCGCAAGAUUGUGGACCGAGUUCCCAACCGCUUCAAGUACGAAAUAUACAGCCUUAUGUAUCCGGCUCUUGCGUUGGCCUACCUGCGAAUGGUUUCCAGUGGAAAGUACCGGAAAGGCAAGUCGUUUGUGGAGAGCUCCAUGCGUUACAUUGAUCACUCUUACGUAGCACGCGUGGGUAAACUAAUGAUACUACAGACUCCAGGUGAUUUACCAAACAAAGCCAAAAGGCUCCUCUCUGACGAAAAAAUUCAUUUCUGCAUGCUCGAAGAGACCUAUUACGUGCUUCUGCUCCACAUGGAACGUUGGAGCCGUUCAUUACAGGAAACAUUUCUUAGACAUUUCGAUCUAAGUCCUUAUGAUGAAAACGAGGAGCCGCGUCAAGUCAAUCGCAUUGGUUCACCUAUUUUGGAAAAGAUUUAUUGGGCUACCACCGACACAGUCAAAGAAAAUAAGGAAAGUAGCCCGCGACCCAUGAAGCGUAGGCGUUUCAAGAAGGACAAAAGCUCUCUAGCUGGAAAUGAGUAUUUGCCGAUAGGCAAUCGCCUCUACAUUCCUACUCCGAAGCGUUGGGACCAGGAACGACUAAAGGAUGAUGAGGAGCGGCGCGUACCACUUAACCGUGAGAGCCUGCCAUCGGCCUACCUAUAUACGGCGCAAGAGAGCUCAGAGACCGUAAUAUGCGCCUCCUUCUCAAGCAAAACCACAAUGAUUUCCAUUGGCACCGACUCUUCCCUAAUCCAUAUUUUCUCGUUGACUUCCUCAAAGCUGGUGCAGCUCAAGUCGGCAGAAUGCCUGAAGAGGCUCGACACUAGCAUAUCCGGCAUAGAUGACAGCAUGUUAGAUGCGACCAAGAGAAAAUUGAGACGUACACUCUAUGGCCACCAAGGACCCAUUUAUGGAUGUAGUUUUUCUCCAAAUGACCGUUUCCUACUUAGCUGUUCACAGGAUCGAACUGUUCGUUGUUGGUGCCUGCUGUCCUGGAACUGUGUUGUCAUCUAUCCCGGACACUGCGGUGCCAUCUACAGCGUUGUAUAUGCUCCGUUAGGCUAUUUCUUUGCCACCUCUUCAGACGAUCGCACCGCGCGCAUUUGGACGCAGGACAGCAAGAAAUCAGUCUGCAUUCUUAUGGGGCAUUUAGCCGAGGUCAUCAUCUGCCAGUUCCAUCCAAACAGGCACUACCUCGCGACUGGCUCAGCCGACUGCACAGUUCGCUUGUGGGACGUUAUGAAAGCUACUCAAGUGCGCAUCUUCAGUGCGCACAGGAAUUCCAUCAAUGCGCUCGCGUUCUCCAUAUGUGGACGCUACUUGGUCUCCGGAGGUGAUGAUAGUUAUGUGAUCCUUUGGGACACUGAUAAAGAACAAAUGGUUCGCUGGCUGUCCCACCACACUGCGGCUAUCAACAGCAUUGAGUUUGGGCACGAUAACAAAAUGUUCAUAGUUGGCGGACAUGAUUGUAAGAUGAGCCUUUGGGAUUUUGAACGCUUGGUGAGGGAAUAUGAUUCUGAAAAAUUAAAGGCGAUGAAUAACCCGGACACAGACAUUAACCGACCUGAACUAACCACUAAGGAUUUUCUGAUUAAAUCAUAUGCCAGCAGAGGUACACCGUUCUAUGAGUUACGUAUUACACGAAGAAACCUUCUGCUAGGCUUCUGUGUCCAGCUAAAAGAUAAUGAGUCAAAACGAUCGGCUGAUAGCAUGUACUCAGAGUGGUUAGAGUUUCUGGAUAUUUUAAAACUCAAGGCGUGUUUUCAGCAACCUAACAGUCAAUUUGAAUCAAAUCACUAUCAGGAGAUGAAAGUCGAGGAACCG